AUGCUUCAAGUUGACACUCAAAUUAACGCGUGGAAUAAAUCGAAAAAAGAUAAGAAACUAAAAUUGCAAUUGAAAAAUAUUGCCUCCAUUAUUCGAGCUUUGGAAAUUGACUUUUUUGAGUCGCAAAAGAACGAUCGUUUACUUUUGAUGGCAGUUAGAAGAAAGACAACGGAAAAUAGUUCGUUGCAAGUACAAUUGGAAGAGUCUCGUAAAGAAAAUCAACAGAUUUCUGACAUGGUGCAAUUGAAAAACGAAGGUGGUGAAUUGUCUCGAGAUUGCUCAAAUCUAGGUUCUAGUAUUUCCACAAUAAGUUUAAUACAUUUACAAUACAAAUACGAAGAAUUAGUGUCUUAUAAUAGAGGACUUCUUAAAAUUCUAGAAACAAAAAGUGCGGAUGCAAAAAAGUAUAUAAAAGAAAAUCAAGAACUUCAAGACCAAAUUCAAAAAUUAACCAUCGAGUCGGGAAGUUGUGAAGACAAAGUUGCAUUUUUGCAAAGAAAACUGUCAGACUACAAGAAACGGAAACACGAUAAAAUAUCCAAAUUAAAAGCCGAAAGGCAAACAUUAGCUUUGGUGCAUCGCAGAUUGGUGGCUUUAUUGCAUAGACAAUGCAUGGAAAAGAAUGAUUUUAUUAAGUCCUUACUGAAAACAACCACAAGAAGCGAAAAGGGAUUAUUAUUGCAAGAAAUAAGGAAAAAUAACAUGUUGGCUUAUGAGAAUUUCCAAUUGCAACAAGAACUGCAAUAUUUAAGGUCUUUGUUUAAUUUAUCAAGGGUCAAUUCAAAAGGGACUAUGGUUGAGUUUAAGCAUUCAAUGGAGACGGUUCAUAGUAAAGAGAGUACGCAAAGUAAACAAAGUGCUUCUACAGAAUCUGUACGGAGUAGUAAUAAAUUUUUGAAGAAACUUCAAGAUUCAAAAAAAUCCGGAGGAGGCGCAAAAAUUUAA